AUGGCAGCCGAGGGCUGGAAGGGCAGGGCUCUGGCGAGCCUCGAGGCGCAGUGGACGAGUCCAGUUCUUCCGCUCUGCUCUAUCCCUCUGCGCGCUCGGAUCCCUCGCAACAGCGGCUCGGGCCAGACGUGGACGUCCAUCGAGGACCAGAGCCUCGUCAAAUGGCUCGAGCAGGCCCUUGCGCCGGCCAAGAACCGCGAGCGCCUGACGCUCGCCGCGUGGUCGAGCAAAGAACCGCGGCUUCACCGACGCUCGCUUUCCGAGCUCGUCGGCCGCAUCGAGCACCUCGUCCAAGCCGGGCACGCCAACGCGCUCGACACGAGCAAGGUCGUCAAGCUCCUGCUCGACCUGCGCGGCAUGUACCCCAAGGUGCCGCCCGUCGUCGUCGCGAGCCGGCCGCUCGAGCAGGUCCGCGUCUCUGCAUCGUCAACUAUGAGCCUGAUGGAUCGCGUCGUCUCGAAAACCAAGGCCGCCAUCGUCGUCAAAGUCGACGGCCGCCUCGCGCACGGACCUCUCCCCGCGCCGCGCCGCCUUCCUCCCCUCGUCAAGGCCGCACCUUCCGCCGCAUUGGCCCCACCGCCUCGUCCUCCCUCACCUGCACCUCGUCCACCACCACCGCCGCCGCCCGCACCCGUCAAGGCGCCCCGAAUCGGCCGUCCGCUCGCCGAGGCGUACUUUCCUUCGCGCGUCCUCCCGCCGCCGGCGCGCACGACCCGGUGGUUCAACCGCCCGCCGAUCGUCGACCUUCCGAGGUACACGCACUGGGUCCCGCCGGCGCUCAACGUCGGCCGCUCCUCCUUGAUGGCGCGCCUGCGCACGUACCCUCCUCUCCUCCUUCGUCCGCCUCCCGCCCCGCCGAGCGCGCCCGCCCUCUCGCGCUCCUCCUCGACGACCGCAUCCUCGACGGGACCUCCUCACGUCGCACUCGUCAAGCGCAUCCGGCGUGGCCCGUCGGCAGAGGGCCCGCGCUCGAUGGCGCACCUCCUCGAGCCCGCUCUUGCCGCCGCACCGCCGCCGCAGGCGCAGCAGCCGCAGCCGCAGCGACCGCCCAUGUCGAGCGUCAAGUCGGCGGGCAAGCGCCUGUGGGACAUGCACGACUCGAACAACAGCAUGACGGUGUUUGAGCGGCGCACGAGGAUGAGAGUCGGCGCGCGAGGCGGGACGUGGAGGCAGGGAGAAGCCUGA